AUGGAGGACCAAGACAGAGGAUUUCGCCGUGGAAGAGGCGGACGGAGAAGAGAAAGGGGCUACAGAGACAGGUCGUCAAGGGUAAAUACUGUUAUAUAGUUUUGAUUUUUAGAUGUCUAAGAAUAUAGUAUCCAAACUUAAUAACGAUUAGUUUUAUAACAGACAGAUCAGAGGUCUCUCAGUCGGCGAGGGGAAAAAUGACCCAAAGGCAGGAGAAAGAACUGCCUUCCUUCUUCUCAUUUUUCUCUCGCUGUGAGAGACCUCUUUAACCAUGGCGGAAUUCUGUGAAAUUACAACCCAAACAAUAAAUGAGCAGGUUAAAGUGAUGUAAUGUGCUCUUAAAAACUUCUGAAUAGAUAUCGUGUUCGCAAGGAAAUGUUUUAACUGCUACGAAGCCCUCAUUUUAUUUUCUUCAGGGUCGGAAACUAAAAUUUUGGAGCACUCGCCAUCUGGGCUAGUAACAUUCAAAUUGCACUAGGCCAGAUAAGUUUUCACUCACCUAGUCUCCUCUGUGAAGUUAAUGCAUGGACGUUCACUCACCAUGCCUUGAAACAGACCAUAAUUUCAAAGAAAAAGGAAACAACAACACACUUACCUCAAGCGAAGUGUCGGAAUUAUACACUAAAAGCGGUGGGAAAGUGACCAAGUUUUCCCUUAACUUGUGCUUUACUGUUCAUUACUUCUAACCAAAAAUUAGUAGCUUUAUGUUAUUUUUGUGUACAAUGAUUGUUUUGGAUUGUUUUUAGCUGCAGGUUUUCUAUGUUAAGAAAUUCUGAUGUUUGCCGUUUGCUGUAAACGUCACUCUAAAUCUCUCAGCUCCGUGGAAAAUACUGUGUAUUUAAUGAACGGGUAUAGAAUGGUACCUCAAAAAAUGUGGGUCUUGGAAAUUUUUAGCCCGAUCUUGAAAUCUUGGCAUUUGAAAGAAGCGCCUUGGAAUCACGGGCUCGCUAAAAAUUGACUCGUCUUGGGGACUCAAAUUUUAAUAAUUUGGUUCUUUAGGACUACAAAAGGGCCAUAAUUACCUCUUUUUAGGCAACAUAUGAAAAUCACUGCUCCCUUUGAAGUUGCAAUGUUAUGCGCAGUGCAAAACCAGCUGCUUUAGAUUACAAGCUAAGACAGAAAUCUCGAAAUCCAGUUAGCUAGAGCCAGCUGUAAAACAUGGCAAUUGUUAAACUUACAUUUUCGCUUUUGCCGCUUCCCAGAAGGAUUUGAAACUGACGCACCCUUGUUCACUGGUGCCUCUUCCAUUGUUGAAAAUGCCAAAAGUUUUCUUUUUUUUGUUUAACUCCGAGCGCCAUUCAGUAAUGGAGAGUAGUUCCAAUGAAAGCCGCAUGGAGGCUACACAAGCUCAAAUAACUUGUUGGUAUUCAAAAAGGCCUUGUUACAGUAAUAUAUGAGCCUUCCUAGCUAACUGACAAUGUGUUUUUUGUACAUGGUACUUGAUCUGAGUAGAAGCAAGGUUUGGUGUCAGGCUAAUUAGCUGAAGCAGUACUAUUGGUGUGAAACUGCUCACUUUUGUUGGCAUUUUCUGACAUUUUACUUAGCUUUAUUAGUACCAUUACCUCGAAAUCUUUGGCACUUAGAGUCCUUGGCUCGGAUUUUUUAAAAGUAAAGUCUUGGCCUUGGAUUUGAUAAAAAUGUUUAAGUCUCAGUGUUGAAUAAUUUUAAAACCUUAAUGACGAGAGAACCAGCUUUGAUGGACAUCUCAGAAAUUAUGAUAAGCUUUUGGCUUGACAACAGUCUAGACUGAUCUCAAGUGGAAAGUGAAAAGUCACAUUAAUUUUGAAUAUAUGUUGUGUAUAUGAAAACCACACUUGCCAAACCUGGUGAUUGAGGGCCUGUAUGCUGUAAUAACCACAUGAAAAAAAACAAACAAACAAACAAACAUAUUGAUUUAAUGAUCAAAACAACAACUCUGGAUUUUUUUUUUAUUCUUUCUGGUACAUUUUAUACCUUCCUUUUUACAGUGUAAAUGGCUUACUGUAAUUUGCAAAACAACAUGAAAUGAAACAAAAUGAAAAUCUGUACUUUGCAAAAUGAAAAUAUGUUUUAAGAAGUGAUGGCAAAAGGUGGCAACUUGAAUGCCAUGCUGCCUUGACAGAAAAAUAUGGGUGACAAAUGGUCUUUGUGCGCACUGCGAUUUUUUUGCGAGCAAGAGCAGAGAUAAAGAAUUAGCUUUGCGAGCAGUGAGCACUUCUCAUAUUUUCCACUUGCAGCAAUCCAUAUGGAAAUCCUUUUCUUUAAAAUAAAACAGAAAAUAUUUUAAAACGGGGUUUUAAUUUAGAGCACACCAAGUUCUUAUAAGCUAGUUUGAGUGACACCUUAUCAAGAUCUAACCAAUUACAGUUGUGUUUGAUGCCAAAUGACUUCACAUUUUCGCUUCACUUCAUCACGUGUGUGUUCGUACGGAUAAGAAAGCAAAGGUCACAAGAAGAACAACCAUAUAUAACAACCAUAUAUAAGCAUAUAUAGCUAGAUUAGCUAAUUUAUUAUUUAUCGUUGUCAUUUAUUGCGUGCAUUUCCACUGACUUUAAUAGCCAUAUUUAUAGGAAUUAAGCACCAUACAGAAUUGCAUUUACUUUAACCCAAAGAAGGAUUUACACAAUUUCGAGCAAUACUGACAAGAAAGCGAGCAUGCGCGCAACUGCAAAAAUUUUGGGAGCACGAGCAAGCGAGCACUCAUUUAAAUUUUGCGAGCAAAUCGAGGAAAGGUAAAAUUUUGCGAGCAGUUAAAAAUUUUAAUGGACCAUUCAUCACCCCUAAAAAUUUGUCAGGAACAAAAUGUGUCCUGCCACUCAGUAUUUUACAUUGUCUAUUUUACAUUCAAAAAUAGAAAAAGCUAAUCCCAUCUUUUAGUUUCCUUUUCCUGUUUAAAAUUCUAUCGAUGCAAAAUCUUAAUUUAUGUAAAACACAUCGUUUUAUUGAAUUUUUAAUUAAGAUCAUCCAUACCUAUUUAUAUAUGUAAGAAAAAUGUAAAGAUCUUCAAAAUUUACCAAAAUUUUUGAAAUGACAUUCAGUUUAAUUCUAGGCUAAGGAAAAAAGAAAAAAGAAAGUCAAGUUCUAUUUUUUCAUUUUCCAUUUUACUAACAAACUAGUACAAAAAAGCGAAAAUCAGCCUCCGUUUCCAUUUUAUGUACUUUCAUUUUCCGUUUUUUGUUUUAUUUGCCAAAAAUACAAAAAACAAAAAUCUACUUCCGUUUUCCAUUUUUUGUUUUAAGCACAAGAAUCGACCUCGGGUCAGUCAUUUUCCCCUUUAUGUAUGGAUAAAUGGGGUGUCACUCAGAGCGCGGACCAGGAUACCAGUGGCGUGUGGAUAAAAUACAGUAGUAGUGAUGCCUGUGCAGAUUGCUUCAGACAACCAAAUUACAAUACUUGGCCAAUGACAGGCUUUCCUAAAUCUGGGUGGUUAAGUUGCUGUUCCACUGAGACAAGUAGGAACAGAAAGGAAUAUUUCGCCAUCAUUGUAAAAACAUGGGUCGAACUUACUAGCCUUUGAUUACCUUCCUAAAUUGUAAUUUGGUUGUCUGAUCUGUGAUCUGCACAGGUGGAAUCACUAGUACCAUAAUUUAAUCCACAUGCCAAUGGUAUCCUGGCCUGUGCUCUGAGCGACACCCCAUUUUUUUAUCUAUAAUUUGUGAGUAUAUCCUGUAGAUGUUUAAAUAAGAUUCUGUAGAGAUAUUUGGCCAUUGUUGGAAAUGCUUUCUUAUAAAAGCAAAAUGCAUGAAUUUAUUGUUAUUAAUUCUAGGGUAAAGGUGAUGGUGCAUCAGGGGUGUCACCAGCAUCAAUGACACCAAUGAAGACUCCCAUUAUACUUACCAAGCCUACGGCUGACAGGGUAAUUAUUAUUAUACUGUUUUGCACUGCGAGUUUGGUUACUACUGAAUUUGAAGAUACUAGGAAAAAACUGUCUACGGAACCCACCACUUGUUUUGAACUAGUUUAUUUGGUGUAACUUCCACCUUGCACCUACAUGUACAAGUAGUCAGUUAGCCACAAGUCAACUGAGAAUAAUGGUAUACAAGUCAUUUAGGCUGACUUAGUAUAAAGGCUAAAAAUCAGAAUUAAUUGAAAUGAAAUGGACAAGCUUUCUGCAUCAUUAUGAAAAUGAUUACAAUUCUGUUAGGCGUAAUCCCGAUUAGGGAGAACUAUUUUCCUAUUUUCUGUGAGGUCUAAAUCACACUAUUUUCUAUGACAGAGUGCUUGAUAAGCACAGUAAGUCACUAUUGGCUAAAUAAUUUGAAGUUUUGUGUGCUUGGCUUUAUCACUAAUGAAAGCCAACAAAGUAAAAUUAAUUAUAGCUGUCAACGGAGUGCGAAACAUUUACAUUGCUUGGUUUAUUUUGCAUGAAUAUUUUAGUUUAUGUACCUUUUAUCAUUUUGAUGCACUUAAUGCUUCAUGCAAUGGGCAACCUUGUAAGAAAUAAUUAUUACUGAUGAUGAAUAAAUAAAAAGCAAAUACAAAUCAUACCCCUUUCAAACUAAUUUUACACUUGUCAGUGGCUGCUCAACCCACAGGGUGGGUAAUUGGUUGGAAACUUUGAACCUUUUGGUUGUGUGUAAAUGUCUUACAAUGAAGAUACAAUGAUAUUAAAUACCCUAAAAUAUCCAAAAAUGGGAAUCCGUUAUUUUUUCCUGUGCGAUCAUACAAUGAAUUAAGUUUCCAUCACUUAGAUGCAUGUAUUCUUUGACACAGUUUGUCACUUGUCGACCAACACUAAUCUCGUUGAUCAUAUGUCUCUGAUCUUUUUGCAACAUGCAGCACUAAAGUUCUGGACAGAAAUUCCCCACUGCCCUAAAGUUCUGGACAGAAAUUCCCCACUGCCUAAUUCUCUUUUAAUGAAGAGUCCACAUUUGUACUCUUGCUAAUUAACAGUUGGGGUGGAUAUAGGGAAUAUCAUAGAAAAGUUUUGUUUGUGAAGAGACCCCCCCUCAUUACUGCCUUUGAAAUAAUAAUUAUAAUAAUAAUAAUAUAAUAGUAAUAAUAAUAUAUAACAUGAUGCAUUACUGUAUAUUGUGUGCAGCAUUUUGUUCACAGUCAGUAAUAAUACAUGUACAACAUCUCUGGUACAUAAUGCUUUUAAUUUACUAGGGACAAGAAACGCCUGUGAAACAAAUAUUGAUAAAGCCAAGGUAAUAUUUUUAUGUACAUUAAUUACUAAUAGAAGUAUCUUUCUUGCAAAACCUCAUGAAACUCCAAGUUAAGCCUACUGGCCAGAUGGGUGGAGUUAGGACCCACUGUGAAUAUCCGGUCAUAAAGACAUGCUUUUUCUUUCUUUUCCUUUUUGUUGUUUCAUUGUCCUAUUUUAUACUUGCCUAUAGCAAGCAUCUUUUACAUUAUUUCUGCCACCAAAUAGAAAGCAAACUGAAGCAAACAGGUCUGUAAAGGGAGAUGCAAUGGAAAAUGUUCUUUUACCUAAAUUGUACACUUUACUGGUGCCCUUAUUUUGAAGCUGGUGAUCCAGAUAGCUUCCAAUUUUCCUUUUAAAUGACUUCUGCUCUUGAAAUUCAUCGCAAAAAGCAUUAUGUGGCAGCUAAAAUGGCCACAGAAACAAUUGGGCUAAGUUUGUUUUCACAAAGUUUUGUUGAUAAGCAACUGCAAACAUUAACCUGUUAUACAUCUGUAUACAAUGUGUUAAAUUAUAUGUUCAGCGAGGACAGACAGCAAAUUGUGUUUGCUCAAGAUAUCUAAAGUCAUAGCUGUUCAUCAGUAGGAUUCCUACAAUGUGUAUAUCAUGUGCAAUUCCACAAUUGCUUUUGGCUCCAUUAAAUCCUAUACCAAGUGUUCAACAUUAAUUUAGGCAGAGCCACCCACAAUGUGAGCACAGUUACUGGCAAGGUAUACGAGUGCAUAUGUUAUGGGUCAAAAUUAAAUUCAGGUUAAAAUUUUUUAUUCUCGGGUGAUUCUCAAUUUCCUUUGUCUUUUAGCCCUAAUUCAUGGAUAAUUAGGGCUAGGAGACAAAGGGAAUCACAAUUUGCUUCUAGUGAUUCAAAUGCGAUGCAGAUUUCAGCAAAAUAAUAUUAACUAAUGAAGUAACCCCACUUUGCAAAGAAUUAAGUACCAAGGAACUCAUGAAUAAUUAUUCAUCCAUAAGUAUAAAAACAACAAGCUCUUGUAAAAAAGCUCUGUAGGCAAAUUCAAUUAAAGUAAUUUCCAGGUUUGCUGGAGUUAUGAAAAGUAACCUGCAUUUUAAAUGUUUUCUGAACUGUUGCUUCCCUGUAUUCCAACUUUUUCCCUUUGUUUCUUUUAUGUGCCAAAUGUAGCUCAAAGUUUUGUUGAGAGAUUAGUAGAUAAUUUAUAGAUCAGUUACAUAUUGGAAGGGCUAUAUAACAUAAUAAUAGUUUUAUUUCUGGAUUUCUGGAUGUCUCUUCUGUUUUCAGUCUUCAUUUAGACUUUUCUCUGAACCAAUCAGUGAGACAGUGCCUGUUCUAAACCAAUUCACAUUAUUAAUAGUUGCAUAAUAAUAAUUAUUUGUACUUCUUCAUCUGAUUUUCAUUUACAAAAAAAUGAAACUUUUUCUUGAAAUUGGAUUAGCUUAAUUUAGUUUUUGCCCAAAAUACUUGUGGAGCUUGUUUAAUCUGGAUUUACAUUUGCAGUUUGUUGAUUACAUGUAUCUGUUGGAUACAUUUUGCUUGGAUGAAUUAUAUGCUAUCUAUGUCUGCUUUAUUACUAUAGGCAGAAAAUUAGUGGUAAUUACAUGUAGAGUCAAUUUGGUAGUAUUGUAUUCUAAGUGUACUAAUCACUGGAUUUUUGUUUGAAGGGAACCACCAAAAGAAGGAGUUACAAGACCAAAUGCAGCGCAACCAGCAGUGCAAAGCAAAACACUUUUACUAGAUCACCAAGCGACAAGCCAAGGCCCAGACAGAUCAGUAGGAACUGGGCAUGGCCAUUCUCACAGUAUAGCUGCAGCAACAGCAAGCACAACUACUGGUAAUGAAAAUUGUUUUGCUCACCAUAAAAUUGACACUUGCUGCAUGUUUUGGGUUUAUCCAUAGCAUACAUGCCAACCCUCCCGGAUUAUCUGGGAGUCUCCCGGAUACGACACCAAUCGAUCCCGGUCUCCCGUACGGGUCAUCAUAUCUCCCGGAUAAAAUCAUCUUUUGAGCUUUUCUGUGCCUUAGUUUGAGAUUUAGCCCAUGUUAGCUCAAAACUUGAAUUUUUCUUAUUUGUAGUACGGUUUCUGGGGCAUUUUUGCUCCUGUUUAGUCACUGACAAAGAUUAUUUCUGGCAUCAAAUGAAACGUUGAUCGCGAAUUUUGAUAGUUUGUACUUCAUGUAAGACUUUAUAUAAUGUCCUAAGUCAUUGCCACAUUUGUCGGGGUUGUGGAAGGGGGGGGGAGGAGGGAGUUCAUUGAAUUUCCGGGGGGGGUAGUGAAAAAGAGAGAGUCUCCAGAUUUUAGAUCUCCAGAGGUUGGCAUUUCUGCCAUAGUCAUUUAAAUGUUGUAUCUAUAUACAUGCAUGACAAUACUCAAGCAUGUUAAGUCUUGACCCAGAAUGUAAUUUGCAUAAAAACUGCAAACAGCCAUGUAACUUUAAAAAGAUUUUCCUAAACAACCUCAAAUCUUGAUGUUCUUAAAUUAUUGUUUACUUGAAGUGUGGAUUUUUUGCAUCAUAUUACAGGUCUGUUAUUGCCAAGUUCUUGUGUUAACAACUGCAUUGCUACAGUAGGUGCCUGGGGUGUCCAGGGGCUUCCAUAAAGCAAAACAAAAAAAACACACGCACACGCAUAUGCACACACAGGCAUCCGUAACCUGAGAUCAGGCUCUAUUUUCUUUUCCUACCAUAAGACCAUAAAACAAUUAAAAAGACAGCAAAAUUGAUCCUUCUCUCUGCCGAUGAUGGAUCAUUCACGAAAACAACCACACGAGGAAUAAGUGCUUUCAACUUCCGGCGUUUCCGAGAGCCAAUCAGAUCUUAUGGCAUUGUUCUAACAGCCAAUCAGCGUUACGGCCAAAAUCUGGCUGUAACGAGCACAAACGUGGGAGAGUCUGUAUCAGGCCCAAUUUUAGUGGUAGCCGUUAGAGAGAAUGUAUGAGAACCGCUAAAAUUGGGCCUGAUCUCAGGUUAAGCCAUCUGUCACACUGAAGAAUAUCUGUGGAGAAAAAAAAACAACAACAACAAAGGGUAGGGAGGGGGGGGAAUGGCUCAAAGAAACCUUAUGCUGGAGAAAAGUGUGAUCAGAAGAGACUGCUUUGCAGGCAUGCUGUAUUUUGCCAGUUUCAAUGCCAUUUGUUUGACUAGGAGUUUAGCAGGGUAUGAACGUGGUCAAAUUUUUUCUGACCGCCUUCCUACAGAGCACUCUCUGCCUCUAUUAUUUAGCUCCACAUAAGACAGAACCUGCAACAUCUUGGAGAAGUGAAGGUCCAGCACUUGGGCCCGUGGAGAAGGGAAAAAAAGAAAACUAUACCCAUUCCCACUUUGAAAGAAUUCAAGCCAUCACAAUAGAUCUAAAUUUUAUGGGAUGGUCUUCUCUGCGAAGUGCUGGAUGCAGAUUCAACCUUCUUUAGAUAGACAUGUGGCGAGAAGGGGUUACACAUGCACUUUGCAGGCACGCUGUAGAUUGCCAGCUAAAAAUUCCGACUCCUUCUCUGAGUAAUGCCAUUUGUGCGUCCAGUAGUUUAGCAGGGAGUGAUCAUCAUCAAAUUUUUCCUGUCGAGUGCACAUCCUGCUAAGUGCAGCUGAAGCAAAUAAGAUUCUAAAUGGAAUACCCAACACUGUCAUUGGUGUGGAGGGGCCCUGUGGCUUGUCUGGGUGUAGAGGGAUGCCCUCAUCCCUAAAUAGCUAUCAGGUGAACACAAUAUAUUAAUCUAGGUUGUGUUUGUAAGUCCAAGGAUUAGUAGAAUCUAGGGUGUGAAUAUCAUCCAGACAAUGAAAGAUGUUGAUGUUGUAGUUCUCUUCAAGGAUUCACCCUGCUGUCAAAUCAGCAGCUGAGGAAAAGAAUUAAGGCACUGAUUGUAAAGCAAAAGGUAUAAUGAAACAUGUAGUUGUGCUCUGAAUUAAUUUAGACGGCACUUCACAACUUACUUUCCAUAAAAUCCAGUUUAAUGUCAGAGGUUUCUAACAACAAAAAUUGAAAUGAAAAGUUAGCCAUACAGUCAAAUAAAUGUUCCAUAAACCAAAUAAUAACUGGUGUAUAAAUAGAAAUACAAGAAAGGCACAUCAAAGAAAUAAACUGAAAGAAAAAAAGGAAUCAAAAAAAGAAGUAAAAUUACACAUCUGAAGGUGAAGAUUAUAUCUACAUUGAUAAAAAUACAUAAACUAAGUGUCAAAUGACAGUUACAAGUAUUAAACUUGAAAGUUAUAAAGCAUUAAACUGCAAAUGAAACCGGUGGGGAUGCUUGGGGGGGUGUAAAUUUCGGGGUCUCCUUAGGGUGUUCUGGGCAAAAUGCCAUGAUAAAGCUGUGAAGAUCUCAUUUAGGGUUUACGUAAAAAAAAAACAUUGGGCCAUAUUUUGAUAUCGGUUUUAUUUCUCCAUUGAUAUAAUCCAAGUUUUCUCAUUUGUCUGUGUUUUUAAUUCUUUUAGGGGUCAAAAAAUUUUGGGCCAUGCCAUCCCCGGUCCCUUCAUACGGGUUUAAUUCAAAAUUUCUGACGAGCAUCCCCACCCCCUUCAUAUGCAGAGUAAACCCCCCCGGAGUUCCACUGACCUAAAUCAUUUGAAACAGAACAUGAUGACUGGAUUGGAAGAAUCACAAUUACAUGUACCUCAACAACCAGAGGGACUUAAAAUUACCAGUACCACGACAGCCACAAGGACCACAACCACACUUUGAACAACAACCACAUCGGCCACUACAGCCGCAAGGGGCACAACUAUCUUUGCAACCCUAUCAACCAGAAGGAUCACAAUGUCCUCAAGGACCACAAAGACCACAAGGACUAGGAUGACCAAAAAGAGUAAAUGACAAAGAUUAAACAGUCAUGACGAUCAGAACAACCUCAAGGAUCUCACAACUACCACAAAAACCACAACUGCAGGGGCUACAGUGACCUUCAGCACCAUGAUGACCUGUCAGACCUCAACUAGCAUGAGCACCACAAAAGCUAUGGGAGCUCAAAGACCAUGAUGAUCACAACGACCACAACUAUGUCACAAAGAUUAAAAUGACCACAAGGGUCACAAUGACCGACAUUGUGGGAUUUGUGCUGCUUGUAGGAGUUGUGUUGGUAAUGUUGUGGUUGUUCUGCUGGUUGUGGGAUAGUAUUAGUUGCAUUUGUGCUAUUUGUGCUGGUUGAGAGUAUUCUGCUGGGUGUGGGAUUGUGCUGGUUGAGGCAGUUGUGUUGCUUAUAUUGUGAGAGUUGUACUUGUAGCAUUAUGGCGGUUGUGUUGGUUGCGGGAGGUUUUCUAGUUGUGGGGUUGCGCUGUUUGCGAUUGUGUAAUUAAUAUUGACUGGAUGACUGUGUGAGGCAGCCUGUAUGUCAUAACCCACAGAAAAAGUUAGUAGUUGCUUUCCAUUGAGUCUUCAUUCAGUAGGUUAGUGGUUAGAGCUUCUGACUAGAGUGCGAAGGUCAAGGAUGUUGAAUCCCCCCGGUAUAAACACCCAUUUGCCAAGCAGGAGGUCACUGGUUCAAACCCAGGCCAGACUAACACUUAGGGUCUAAAAAAUAUUUUUAAAAGUGAGCAGAAAGUGUUGUCUUUGUAUUUAGACAUCUGCAAACAGUUAAACUUUCAAGUCUUCUUGGAUAAGGAUGAUAAACCAUUGGCCCCUUCUCACAACCCUUGCACAUUGUUUGUUAAGAGUAGGGGAUGUAGCCCCAGAUGUGAUGGUCUAUCUUUCACGCCGGAGGGACUGUUGUGGGCUCAUAGUAAUUGGUGUCAAGCGCUCUUGUGAUCCUUCCAAAAUAGGCGAACCUAAAUUGGCAAACCUAAGUAAAUAUAAAAAAGUAAAGUGACUAUAAUUUUAUUAGCUGACUUAUGGCAGUGUAGCUGUGGUGCCUGAACCGCAGAAAAUUGAAAAAAAACUUCGUUUUUUCUUGUAGGAGCCAGUGGUAAUGUUGAAGGACUCACUGCUAAUAUGGCAUCCCUUAAGCUUGGUCUUCAUAAACCCAAUAAUACUUCUCAACUUGUUAAACUACUGGAUGAAAACCUUCAGUGGAAUGAUAGUGCUUUAGAGGUAUGCCAUCAUCUGUGAUACAUGUAAUGUACAGUAGAGUAAAAUUUUGUAGGUGUCCCUGCAGUUGGACUCUAAAGCCUUGAUUGUCUUUAAUAAUCAUGUGAAGUAAAUUAAAAAUUCUUUGGUCAAGUGUGGAUGUGAUUCUCACAGUUAUGUGAUCAAUGGAAGCAGCUGAAAAAUAAAAAAGAAAAAGAGAAAAAAAAUAGAAUUUUUUAUGUUUUAUUUCAUCACCUUUGUUUGCUCAUAGUAUAGUCUGUCCUACUGUUGAGCAGAUCACUUCCUCAUCCAUUUGCUUCCUAUUUGCAAUUAAGUUAGACAGGAUAUACUUUGUCUUUUCAAUGUUAAACUCUUGAUUAUUAAUGAGAAUACCGCACAUUACAAUUCUGAAUAGUUAGGAUUGAAAGUCUUGUUGAGGUGAUGAGUUGGAACAAUAGUAUGUUGCAAUAAAUCCAGUUUGUGGUCUUUGUAAUUAACUGUCUAAAAAGGAUUUUAUUGUAAUUACUUAUUUAUUAUUUUGUUUCCUCUUAAUUUCUCACAUUUUAUCACCCUCUAAUCUCUAAAAUUCAUACUAUUACAAACACAAGUCAUGAGAAAGGAGAAUUUAGGCUGUACCGACUGACGUUUUAAAUACAAGCUAUUUACUGUUCUUCUGUGUGUCCAAUAGACCACACAGAUGAUUUGUAAAUUUCCUUGUUUUUCUUUAAAAUAUUAUUGCACAAAUUGUUGUUUCAAUCCCAGACUCAAACUAGCCCAAGCAAAAUACCUAGCCAAAAAUUCACUUUCAAUAUUAUCUAGUUAAAAAGAUUUUUCUAACUACACUGCGAUAUGUUUCUUGUUGCCAAUUAGGAGUAGAAAAUUCAAUAUUUCCUGGCAUGAAGCUAGCUAGAAGCAGUUCCUGCAUUCAAGAUUUUUUUUUACAUUAACCUUCAAUGGUUUUGUCCCUAAUAUCCCAGCAUCCUGAUUACCUGCCACUGGGUCUCUGAGCAUGCCAAAAAUGGUGUUAAACAUUCGUACAAAAUAACACUGUUUUUACCCAAAUUAAAUUUCUUAUUGUGUCUUUAUGGAAUAAUUCCCAAUAAUAUCUCCUUUAUUUAUUAUACAGACAAGAGUGUUUUAGUGGAAAAUAUACCACUCAUAAAAUUCAUAAAAAUUACAUCCGGGACACGAGUGGUUUAUUUUCCAUAAUCUCACACGUGAGUUUAUCGAUGACGUAGUUUUGAUAAUUUCCCUCUAUUAUUUUAUUGAUGUCAUCUCGUGGCAAAAACAAUAUUUUACUCACUCGCUGCGCUCGUUCGUAAAAUAUUGUUUUGCCACUCGAAAAUAAAAUACAUAUCUUCGCGCCACCAUGUAAUAUCCUCUAUGUAUAUAUAUGUGUGUGUGUGUUAUAACUGAAGGUAAAUCAAUAUUAUUGAUUUAAAAUUUUCUAUCUAGGUGCUUCUUGACCAGACAGAUUUCUUAGUGGUGGGUGUCAUUGGUCCCCAAGGUGCUGGUAAAUCAACUGUUCUCUCAGUGGUAGCUGGAGCAGGACCUUUUUCAAGGUUUGUAAAAAUUGAUAUUUUGGAUAUUCUUUCAAAGUGGCACUGCCUUUUUUUUGCCUCUUAUGCUCAUUUUGCUGAUGCAGAUAUAAAAUUUCUUUUUUAACCUGCAGGUCAUGCUUAUUCCCUGUGCAAACAAGACAAGUACAAGUGAGUAUUUUAAAGUUUUAGCCUAACACAAGUUAUAUUGUUACCUUUGCUUUCACUGCUACACUGUCAAACGUGAAUGUUAAGUUGUCUCAAGUCAAACCAUGCAAAGAGCACCUGGAAAUGUUGAAACGUUGUGGUUCUAUCAUGUUCUUACAUGUAUUUUUUAAAAAAGCUCUCUUUGCUUGAAUCUUCCAUGACCAUACUAAAGGCAAAGGGAAGUGAUUUGAGGUUUUAGGAUAAAAUUAAAUGUUGUAAAAUCAGUUGGAGAAAGGCAAAAACUGAUAUAAUAACUUGAAACUACUCUUCUCUGAACAAGCCAAAAAACACAUUUCACAUGGUAACCCAUUGUUGGGGUGUGCAUGCAAAACAAUCAUGGGCCUCUGUGCCUAAGGUUGUCACCACAGGUUUAAAUCCCAAAAAAUGUAAAGAGUUUAGUGUCAACUUUCUUUGCUGUAACAGUUGUGUGUGGCAGCCCAUUGCCACUGUUAGCAUGUAUAUCAAAUCCCAUUGAUUCAUUUAAGUUGCUUGGUGUUCACAUUACCAAAGAUCCACCAUGGGUUAUUCACUGCGAUUAUGUUAUCAAGAAAGCCAACAGAAGGCUCUACACCCUGAGAAAUCUUAAGAAGAGUGGAGUCCAUCCAGAUGAUGUUGUUAUUGUCUACUGUUGACUUGUCAGAUCUGUACUUGAAUAUGGAGCUGCUGCUUUUGCUAAUCUCUCCAACUACCUUGCCAAUGACAUGGAGAAUAUCCAGAAGUGUGCCCUCUCCAUUAUCUAUCCUUUUACUUCAUGCAAAGAUGCACUUGCUAAGACAGGGAUCACAAGCUUCAAGCAAAGUUGUGAAAAUGCUUGUGUCAAUGUUAAAAAAAGAGUUAGUCCUGAGAACCCAACCUUCUCUUUAAUUCAAAGUAGAAUUGUUCAAUCAUCUUUGGCUUACUGUCAACAUUCAAAUCGAUCAUUUAUCACCCUACCAUCUGAUACUGAUUUUUGCACUAAUUUUGUACAAAUGUCUGUUGCUGUACUGUACCUCCCAAAUAUUUUCUUCAAGUUGUUGAUGAGACAAGUGCCUGUACAUGGUUUGGUAGCUCUACUUCAAAUUACCUUGAGUAGAAGUCAGUUACUAACAGGUCACUUCAAACAACUUUCCAAGGUAAUCCUGAAAUAUCUUGCACUGUCUUGUUCAGUUUCUCUGGGAGGUGCUCUGUUAAGACAGUCUGAAAUGACCUUUUUUCCUGGGCCAUAUCGUACCUCAAGGUCACACUUGGUGAAUCUGUAGUCUGGGAAGGGCCUCAUUCAGUGGUUUUCAGGGAUUUGGUUUGUGGUCUGUCUCAAUAACUCUCUGCCUGUUCACAUGUGAAACUUCAGCUACCAGCUUUCUUUCAAUAUUGUUAUAUAUCUUCCCAGAGGAAAUCAUUGUCUCUGAACUGAAAGCAACCAGUUUCCUCUUUUUUAUGAUCACUGUUCUAAGGUCUGUGCAAUUGGAAUCAUUAUUGAGAACUUCUCUUUGCUCUUGUCAGAGUAUGCCAACCUAGGGGCAGUAGUGUUGACAGACUUCAGUUCAUCAAACGCCUCUUGUUGCACAAAUUGCUACAUCUUUCUGGGUAAGUUGUGGAAUUAGUUGCUGCAGAUUAACUUUUGUUCAAUGAACUUGUUGAGGUAAUUGACUGUCCCUAGUAUUUGAGGCACACCUUGUCUGACACUGAGUGCUUGGAUUUUAGGGUCUGGUUCAAGCCGUCAGCAGAAAACACAAGUCCAUCAUAGCUUAUUUCAGAAACCCAAAGUUUUUCUUUCUUAGGGUUGAACUUCAGUUCUGCUUCCCUGCUCCUAUCCAAUACUCGUCAUAACUUACAAUCAUCAUCUGUUUGAUCUUCACCAUGUACAUGUAUCAGGAAAUCUUCCACCAUAAUCUCCACAGGACCCCCUCAAAGGGUUUGUUCAUCUCCCUUUGGUGAUUUCCGGGGCCAGUGAGAUAUAAAAGGGGAGCCUUGUAAAUCGAUAUUGACCCCAGGGAGUGUUUAAUGUCAAGAGCUUUGAGUUUUCAUCAUCCACUGGGAGCUGCCAAUACCCACUGCAUACAUCAAGGUAGGCAAAACUCACAGCACAUGAAAGCCGGUUAGCAACUGCCUGUUUCAUGGCCAUUGGAUUAUGUGCUUUGUUUAGGUUGAUGCCCUGGGUCAAUACAAAUCUCUUUGAACAUCAUUCUUUGAGGGUGGAGUGCUCUUUUCUUUCACGUUCCUUUUGUCAAUCACUAACAUAGGUAAAACCCAAGGGCAGUGUUCCUCUUCGUUGAUAAUAUUCCCAUCUUCUUCCAUCUGUGUGAGCUAUUCUUGUGCUGAUACAAGAAGUGCAAGUGGAAUUUUUACUGGAGGAACUAAGAGAUCAGCUUCCUAAAGUUAUGUACUUUGUUCCAAUUGGUAGCUUACCAGGUUAUCACUCAAACAAUCUUCAUAGUCCCAUAACAAAGGAUCAGUUUGGAGACCCUUGGCAUUUCUUGCACAGGUGGUUCUAACUCUGGAGUAUUGAUCAGUUCCACAUUCAUAAAACAUGAGCACUUAUAAGUCUAGACAAGCAUCACGACCUUGCAAUGGUGUAAAGUUUCUAUCACCAACAAGAUACAACAAGUUAUCACGACUCUCGUAUUGAGUUGUAAUGGUUUUAGACGUCAACUGCCCCUUUAAAGUUGGUUGAAUUCUUGGAAUAGGUUUGUCUGGUUUUUUUUAAACUUCCCUGCGAGGUCUAGAUAACUCACAGAGUAAGCUUCACUAUGAGGAUUUCCUUGCUCAGUUCAUAGGGAAUGACUGAAACUUCUGCACCAGUGUCUGCUUUGAUCUGUUCAUCCUUUAGGGUAAUCUUGAGGGUAAUUUUAAAAACUCCUAGAUUUCUUUCAAGCACCGGAGACACUAUCCAGCUUAACAGAUCCAAAAUGUGUGUGCAUAUCAUGAUAAAGCAGGGUGAAAUUCUAGUGAACAUUCUGUACCAACAAAUGUUGGUGUGUUAAGCUUGUAUUUCUGAAGUUUAGCUUCCUCGAAUGUACUGCAUUAACCAUGAGCGGUUUGCAGCGUCAAAUCUGGCUUCUUUAGCAGUGUCACUUGCAAUUUGUCUGACAAACCCAUCCCACAAUGAGAUCUCAAAUGAGCCAAUCUUGAAGGGCGCCAAAUUCGCAAGUUAACGGCAAGUUAUUUCCAAUCGUCUAACUAGUCGUGCAUAAAUUACAUUUAUAGCUAGCAUCCUUACACUAUUCCUUGAAUUUGCGAGUCUUGUUUGCAAUCUUUCUCUUUGUUAUCGGUGUACAUAAAUUAAGUGGCUGUAUUCCUUGACAGCUUCUUGUCUAGCACAAUGAAGUAACAAAUUUACCUUUAGUUUGUCUGCUUUAUCAUCUUUACCUUUCACAAUAAGAUAGAUUUAAAACUGCAUGAAAAUCAGUAGCAUUAGUGUGAAGCCUCAAUGGACAAGGCAUCCGUGAAUAUGAACACUACAAGAUUCAACUCAACCAGAAAAAAGUUUGUCCUUAGAUUUUCAUAAAUAGUUUCUCACAGUUCCACAAGCUGCCAUGUCUACUACCUGACACUAUGUUGUAAAAUUAGUGGAUAAAGGCAAAAACUAAAUAACUUGAAACUACUUGCAGGCACAGAAGAUAUUUUCACUAGAGAUCAGUAUUACAAUGUUGUUUAUCAAAUACUAACUUUGCUUUUGUGACCUGUUACGUCACGCCUCAAUUCACUUACAUGUUACAAUAUUAGAGGGGAGAGAUCUAGAGUCACGUUAUGCAAACGUGAGAUCCAAGUUGAGAAUUUCUCACAUUAGGAAAUGAACAGACAAAAAUUGUCCAAAAUUAAUGUAUCUGACAGAUGAACAUUAUCAGAAACAAGUUAUUCUCGUGCAUAAAUAAUGAAUAGCAAAUGACAAGUAAAUAGAAAACUUGGCCACAUAGUACAGUACCAUUUCACAUUUGCCGUUUGCUGUAACUGUCAUUCUAAAUCUCUCUGAUAAGUAUUCUGGUAUUUUUUUUACAUUCUUUGGAGGUUCAGCACAGCAUACUCUCCUUCCUUCCCGUCUUCUCGUUGUCAGAUUUUUUUGUUGACCUCGAAUGUAUCAUUAUUAGCAUCUGCAUUUGUUUUUCAGGAGGAUGGAACCUAUCAGACACGUGGUAUCGACAUGGCUGUAACUCAAGAAAGAGUAAUUCUGCUUGAUACUCAGGUAAGAUUUAUGUGCAAGUGUAAUGCUGCUGAAAUGUCCUGUCUCUUUUUCCACUUAUGAACAGGUCAGCAUUCAAUAUGAAUCUGGCAGGGUGGAAUGAUAGCAUUUCUCCAUAACUGAUUCUUCACCUCUACAUGUACUGCACUUGUUAUUUGUUCCUUUAUUGCUGCUUUUUGCUUGUUUAGUUUGUUUUGUUUUCUACGCUGCUCAGUUAUUGCAUUUCUAAUCUGAAGUUAGAUAGGGGCCCCCAGUUUCAAUUUGAGCUUUAUCUUUAGCAGAAAAAUAUUUCUAAUUUUGUUACUUAUGCAAUUUUACAUCACCUUUAACCUUCAACUAUUCUACUAUUUUUUCUUGUAUGUAAUAUACUGAAUGUCCAUGUUUUUUAAACUAAAGUGAAACUGAAAAUGAUUGAACAAAAUAGUGAAGGAGAAUAUUAGUCAAUUCUAGUAACCAUGAAAUGUUAUGUAGCACAUUUUUGAUUGAAAGCUUUAUUAAAGGAAGAUAAGGCAUUUCCAAGUAGAGGUUAACUAGUUUCAAAAGAAACAGUGGAACUUGUUGAUGGGGGAGUGACACAAUAUUAAUUUUAAGACCAUGGGUUUGACUUGAAGACCUCAGUUUGCUUUAACGAACAUACAAAGAUGUAUUAACAGGUAACAGCCAUCGUAAAGAAUAUUUUGCUUUUGCCCAUGAAACUGAAAUCGUAGAAAUCUUCAAUUCCCAAGAAGGGCCAUUUGGUUACACAUUUUAAGAGUAAGUUUGGCUUUAAAGGUGCAAGAGUAGUGUUUUCUACAUACUUGCACUUGCUUUGUAAUGAAAAAAGCAAUCAGGCAUAAGAUAAUUAUACUACAAGCAGCAAUGGUAACUAGUUUGUGGGUCAUUGGCUUUGUGUUGAAUCCUGAUGUCCAAUAAUGUGAUUGGUCAUAAAGACGGUCUAAACUUUAAAAUACCUCACAGUUUGGUUAUUGGUUUGGAGCACAUAUACAGGAUAUAUUUGAAAGCAACUGACCAUUACGUUGAGCAUGCUAAUCUUUUAAGGACAUUUUUCAAGAAAAGGUUCAAUUUUGCUGAAAUGUUUUACCUAAGCAAAUUUAUUGUUACGUACAUUUUCAGUCUUUUGAAACGUUUUCUGCGAAUAUCGCAUUAUUUGGUAAUUUUCUUAAUUAUAUUCUUCUGCUUCUUGUCUCCAGCCACUUCUGAGUGCAGCAUUAUUGGACCACCUGAUUCAUCAUGAUCGCAACAUUCCUCCAGAAUACACUUCUCCAGAAAACUACAAUGAGAUUCAGGUAGGCCGUUCAUGAUUGUACAGUCUCAUUAGCUUCGUGUUAAUUAAAUGAAUCGAUUUAUUGUAAAACCUUGGCCACUAUAUGGAAGCUCUUACCUUACUUAUACAGUAAUAAGUUGUCGCAAAGGUUCAAGGUUUUCAGUAGAUUGUGGUUACUAAUGUUAACUCAAUGUCUUAUAGGGCUAUAGAAUGGUAAAUUCGAGAGUAGCGCUCAAGCGUUUUUAUCAAUUCCAGGCCCGAGACUAAUUACUUCUAAAAUCCGAGCCCGAAACUCUUAGCGUCGAAAAUUUCGUGAUAAUGGUACAAAUAAAGCUAAAUAAAAUGACCCAUAACGCCAAUGGAAGCUAUUGGAAGCCUACCAAUAUACUGCUUUGUCUUGUUUUACCGUUUUAAUCUACUAGCUCACUUUGAUAAGUGUUCCCCUGAACUUUGAAAAAGUCGACUCAUGAAGACCAAACCGAAAGAAAAAACGACAAAUCCUAGAAUCCAAGACCCAUGGACAAAAAAAAAUUGGAGUCUCCGAGACAUAAAAAUCACCCUAAAACGAGAAUUCGAAACCUAUCAAAAACGCUUCUGAAAUUUCGAGAUCGGGCCAAAAUUUUCUGAGACCCGCUUAAGUGUAAUGUCUUCUGUUAAAAUAAAAAGCUUGUCUGCGGUGGACAUUAGCUGAUGUUACUGUUUUGACUUAUUUUAAGAUUUAUGCAACUGGCCCGUGACUUGAUGUUACAUGCAAUCACUUCAUCUACUAACAGCUAUUUUGCAGCACUUUCAGUAGGCCAAACCAUUGUCAUAGUCUGGAACUGCGCGUAUUGUAAUAUAUUCUCUACUCAGACUGUCCAAGGAUGUUAAUCACAGUAACUGUUCUUGGUUGUACCAUGUUAAUCAGUCUGAUGCUAUUCAUUUUUAUUUUUUUUAGUCUAUACAGAUUGUCACAUUUCUGUUGACUGUCUGUCAUGUGAUUCUAGUGGUGCAAGAUUGGUUUACAGACCUCAACGUUGUAAGGUACUACACUGUUACUAUAUUGGUUAAGUAGUCACAGAAGUCUCCUUAACAUUUUUUACUGCGUGGUUUGAAAAUUUGUUUUCUUUGACGUGUUUUGUUUUUUCGUUAUUUUUUUCUGUCAUUCCCAGUAAGUUUUAGGAAGGGGAAAAAUUCGCCAAAAACAAGUGGUUACAUUUUGCGAGUUAUGCCUCUCUCUUGUUAUUCAUAGGCCAUUCAAAGGUAUAAUUUUAGUUUACAAGAUUGAAGAAUUUUUGAGAAGCUAUUGUUCCUUAAGGUUUCGUUUUGUUGAGCUCUUCCUGUCCUUAUUACACCAGUAGGUUGUAGCCUCUGAAUUUCCAUUCUGAUUUCUCUGAAUAAUGGUAAAAGAAUAACGAGUUCAAUGCCGGGCAUGAAAACUGAUGAGAGUGUCGCAUUAAAAUUCUCCGUGUCUUUUUAUGCCAUUAGUGAUUGUACAGCUUUCCAUGAUAUUUUUGGAAAUAAACCUUACUUCGUCUACUUUGUCUUGCACCGCCUUUAUGUUUCGAUGAGAUGGAGACGAGCUUCCCGUUGAUAUCGCAUUUGCAAGUUUAAGUUUCCUUAACAACAGGAGCAAAAGAAAGGAAAAUAAUCUCACCCUUGUAUUGAGAUUAGCUAGCAUUUCGUCCUUCUCAUCAGAAGUUUUUGAAAAGGUGAAAUGGACAAGUCUCGUAGGAAUUUGUUAAGCUUCCUUUUUUAAUGAACAUUUCCAGAGAGGUUGCUUGAAAAUACAUUGCGGCAUUUCUUUUAUCUUUAAAACAAACACAUAAAAUUCUUUGUAAGUGGAGUUUUUGUAAACCCCACCACAGGUGUCAACUUCAGUUUUAUGAAGCAGUUUUAAUAAACCCUCUCCUUCUACAUACAGUUGAAAAGUGCUCAUGAUUAUCUUAUACUUCUUAUGAUGUACGUGUCUAUGUGUUUGUUAUUAUUUUGCAGACUUCUGAAAACAGCUGAGAUGUUAAAGCCUUCAUCUGCCGGUCAUGCAACACAUGAAUCAUCCGGGUAAGAGCCAUCUACGUACUAGAAAGGGAAAAAAGUAACAUCCAAGUUGUGAAUCUGGAAGAGAGACAAAAUGUAUAAUACUUUAGUGAUUUCUAAAUAGCUUUUAGUGUUAUUUUUCUGCCCGUGAAAGUAGCAACCUUAAGGUGUCUGGACAUCGUUUGAAAGGUCAGGUCGGUCUCCAGCAAUGGAGAAACAAACAGAGAAACUAUCCAAGUAUCAGGACGUGAGGGGGUUUAGGGCAUGAGAACAACAACCAUACCAGCGGUCAUAGGUGCCCUUGGGCUCAUCAAGAAGGGGAUGGAAAAUUGUACCAAUAAAAUCACCGGAAACAACGGGUUAUAAAAAGCUUUAGAGGCUCAUCCUACUUGGAACUGCUCAUAUAUUCAGGAAAACGCUAUCCAUCAAGUGAUCAAUGUUGAUGAACUCAGCACCAUAAGACUUAUAUUAGGUCUAGGUGUGCAUUGUCUUAAAAAUGGCUGUGUGGUUUGCUAGACGUUGUGCUGUUUCGUGUACAGUGUAUCCUAGUUUAGUUAAAUAUGAGAGUAAACUGUGUUUCUAACCUUUAUAUCAACGUUCAAAUUUUAGCUAUUCAAUACUGUUCUAAUUUAGCUUAUUGUACUUGAGUUUGUAUGCAAAUUUAGCUAAUUUAUUUUUUAUUCAAAACCUCAUUAAUAACUUAUAUCUGAUAAAGACACGCUAAACUUUACGUCCAAUUUUUUAGACCCUUUCAUCCUGCGAUUCUUAAAUGGAGAGCUUGCUCUCAAGCUAUGAUGACGCUAAAACAACAAAGGUCGCAAAGAAAAUAUCCAUUUCUCACAAGCUUGGGGUAGCGCUGAUUUGAUCAGAGAAAGGCUUUGUAUUGAUUGCCGUGCAUGUUUUCUUUUUUCCUUAAACAGCUUAGGCUCCUCAGAGGAUUCUGACGAAAAUUACCCCAAUAUAGGUUAGUGAAAACUUUGAAUUUGAUGUGAGCCACUGGAAUAGGCCCUUUGCAUUAACUGAUCACGUGAUCAACUUUCAGUAAACACGAGAACAGUUCGCUUUCGAAUAAUUUUGUUAAAACGAGGUGAAAAAGCAUAUUAAAAUUAGGUAACCUACAAAUUUUCAGCCGUAUAUCUCAAAAGUGGCAAUUGCAACGGCCGCCGAAAAUUAGAAGGAUUUGUACGAGGAAAACAACUCUUGCCACCCAGUCACACUUGAGUGGUUUUCCGUUAACUCGUUGUAAAUUCUGAAAUUUUUAAACUGUAGUUAAAUCUUUCCCUUACGCAUUUAAGGGCUCAAAGUGCCUGUUAUGAAUUAAAAGGAGAUUUGAGCCUCGUAAUGCUAAAGGAAAUAUUUCACGACAGGUGACUUGGGUGUCAGGAGUAACUUGUGACUAGGGAGAUUAUGGUGAUUAGGGUGACUAGGGUGAAUGGGUGUAGUUCGUGUAGUUGCUGUAGUUCUCUGCUUUGGUGUACGUGGUUUAGUCGCCCUGCUUGUGGUUGUUGUGGUUGCUUUUAAGUUGCUGUAAAUUGGUCUAGUUGCGGUUGUUUGUUGAAGUUGGCAGUAGCGCGUGUAAAUGAAAAUGUGUUAAACAAACAACUACAGGAAACUAAAGCAACUGCACUAAAGACAGAAACUACUUAACAAACAGAUUCCAUGUUGCCGUAUAAGUCCUGUGAUUUAAAAUGCCUCUUGUAAAAUUUACUAGGUUGAUCAAACUACAUGUACGGUAUUCUUGUUAUGGAGCACAUUUAUUAAAAAAAAAAAAUAAUGAUUCUUUUGUCUAUGGGAUCAUUUUGACUCUACACUUUUUAAAUUAUGUUGGGUGCAGUUCAAGAUGUUUUGAAUGUGUUCUAUUAUUUAUCCUAAAAGUUAUCUUUAUGAGAAUGCUUUUCACUUUCAGUGUUUGUAUAUAAUAAAUCCACAAGAGAAGAUUUUGACCACGAAAACCUGAGCUCGAUGCAUGCUGUGACCAGUACUCUAUUUCAACACUCCAGGCUAAAACUACAAAGUAAGUGUAACUAUCAUAUCAUCAGCUUGGGAGGAACAUUUUGACAUUUUGAGACAAGUUAGUGUUACUUGAAUGAAUUUUCCCUGUACGUGAUAGUAUAAUUACUUUUCUUGGCCAUUCAAUUCUUGUUCAAUCGAAGAUACAGAAAUAUGAGACAAAGAACUCUUUCGCAGAUUUUUGCUGACUGUUGCUUUUACUUUUUGUCCCGUUUUGUUGGCUACAUCUCAUCUAACCCAUUUGGUCCUGGGAAUUUUGCCGAAAAACGCGUUUUAAAGCUAGUCCAACCGUUUUCUGGUCACUGGCAAUAAUAGGUCGUACCCUUCGCGGCCUUCUGAUCCAGAUGCAAAAUAUUAACUUUUAAAGUUUGGGCAUGCGCAGAAAGCAAAAUUUCGAGAUGACAGAGCACUUUUGACCCUCAUGUUCACUUAUCUUGCCCCAUUUUCUCCUUUUGCUGGGCAUUUCAUAGGCGUCAUUUCGGUGGAAAACGUUUCUAGGAAAGCUUUUAGGAUCUUAGGAUUAUUAGAUGAAAGUAAAGGUUACAUGGUUUUUUCCCAUUUUCUUCGGCCUCCUUGACUGAAUCGUACUCAUUCUGGUAUGGUUCUUCACCCCGCACAAGUUAGUUAGUUGUCCUUGACCGUUAAAACCGAUGACGUCACAAGCGGUUAAAGGGACGUGGAUCCGCACAGUUGGUUACUGGCGAUUCAGGGGUGAAUUAGUUAAUUUACAAAAGGCUGUUAGGCCCAGUUUAUAUAUUGUGCUUUUUAGCCUUCUGCCGUGCUGUGUUGAAUUAAGUUUUACUUAAGCACGCCAGAAGCAUGGCGAAGUCAGUUUUGGAUUGGCUUUGGCGGAACAGCUUCGCCGGGCUUCAUGCUUGUGGCACGGCAGUGAUUGAAACGUCGUGCCUUUUUGCCAUGUCAUUCUAAGAGCCUGUUUACGUGGAGGUGGGACCCCCCCCCCCCCCCCGGCGUAAAAAGCACUUUAUUUGAAUGUCAAUGUAUUUAGCACUUAAGUACUAACUGAGGAGGACACUAUUUUUACGUCUCCUACUGGAGACAUGACCACCAUUUUACGUGGUCAUGCCAGCCACGCGAAGGUCUAGCUGUUUACAGGGGAAACGUAGUACCUUCAUUUCUCAGUUAUUUUAAAAUCCCGAGUACUGUUCCGGUCCCUAGAAUCGGACCCAGGACCUCACGCUCUGCAAUCAAGCGCCCUACUAACCGAUCCAAUCCUGCUGCUGUGGAUUAUUACGUUCAGCAUGAGAGAAGCACAGGGCCUGAACUGAACUGAACUGAACUGGGUCCUUGGCUCCUUAUUUUAAAUCCUUGUGUGCAUUUGGGAAAUUACUGUGUGAUUCUGUUAACCUUAGAGAAAUCCUCAUAAUUUUCCAAUUGAAUGCAAUUGAUAAGUGAAAAUCGAAGGGUACUUUACUUGAAUGCAUUAUAGCUGCUUAAAAUUGUCCGUAUUUUAAAACAUAACAACUUUUAGGUGCUUUUUUUGCUUUGUAUCAAGUAAAAGACUUUUUCAGUGGGAAAAUGUGGUGCUUAGGGUGAUUGAAAAUGCUCCCCAUAUGUAUUUGUGUGGUAAAAACCCAGGAAACAGUCGGUAAAUGAGGAAGAGAUGAGCAGGUUAUUCAACUGCUUAGGCAAUGAAAUCCCUAACCUGCAUUCCCUGAGGAUUUACCUUCUAUAAAUGUAAUGUGGCUUUCAACCCCUCCCAACUCAUGAUUUGUAUUUUAUGUUAGAACAUUGUAGCUUUUCUGGCGGUUUUUCCUGGAUUAACUGAAUUGGUGGCUAGACUCACCUCAGUAUGAAACGUUUCGAAAUAUCCUUUAUUUUAGGUGGAAUUUCACUGUUGAGUAGCAGCCUGAUGCCUUACAGAACUCUUCUGACGUCUUGUGAUGAUAUGAAUAUCUUCUUAGUUCCAUUAUAUCAGCGGCAUGCAGGUAAAACUGGCAAACAACUCUGGUCUGUAUUACAAGCCAAAAGUAGGGUUUAGAUUUUAACUUGACAUUAAAUUGUGUUCGCGGUCUCGUAAGUUGACAAAUUUGUUAUUGUGGAGCACAUCUUUGUAUUUGCUACAGAAAGGUUUCUGUGGUAGGCAGAGAUUUUUUGAAAUUGCUCUUCUUAAAAAUUGUAUCUACAUUCACAUAUACUCAUUCAUCUAGAGACAACCAGUAACGUCUUAAUCAGCAUAUAGCCGGCGGUAUUGUAGGGGAGUGAAAGCAAGCGGCACAGCCACGAUAGGUUUUUGCACAUUUUUUGUACCCCUGGAUGUGACGAAUUAUUUGUGUUGAUGUGGAGUAAAUAGAGAUCACUUCAUGGCUGGUGAGCAUGUACGAUUUUUAUUCAAGAGUAGUGAAGAAUCGCGAACUCAUGAUUAAUAAUCUUACUAGCAAACCAACCACGAAGUUACUUGUUUAUUCUUUGAGUACUGAGCUUUCUUUGAAACAAUGAAGACAAAAACGACUAUAGACGUGUGUGAAUGUAAUUGUUCAUCCAAUCAGACAACUCGAACGAUGAUUUUCCAGUGAAAUUUCAUCAUUUGCAUCACUGAUUGACUGUGACCCAAAACAGGACGAUUUUUUCCUUACUGUCAGUACUUGGAUAAUUCUUCUUCCAGGGAAUGGAAUCUGCACCAAGUCCCCGACGUAUCAAGGAAAUCCAAGCUUUGAGAUGGUGCUGCAGACUCUUAGAAAUCAGGUACUUUUAUGCUUUCAUUUUGUGAGCUUAUUUUAGGCAGUUAGAUAGGAGUUGAAAAUUCAUUGUUUGUUAUUUAGAGAAGAAGCCCCUCUCCCUCUUCUGCUGAUGUAACCUGCAGGAUUGAUUUCUUAAUUAAAGGAGGCGUUGGGUUGCCUUUGUCUUUUCUUCUAGUCCCUUCUUUAAUGCUUUCUUUUUUCACUGCUGUUAAAAAAGGUCCUCCCUUACCACUUUGCAAAAGUAGUAUUUUAAAGUUUUAACAGUUGGAUUUAGAAUCCAAGAGUCAUUGAUUUAAGGUGCCAUUCUGAAUCGGAACUGCUUCCUUUUUCGCUAUUCAGGAAACUGAUAUCGGUGAUAAUUCCAUACAAAUGUACACACAAUUUACUAUAGAUUGGGAUGACGAACAGGUGGUGUAUUCCUUUGAACGGACACAGUUUUAUCGAGGUUUACUCUAAAGUGAUAUUAAAAUCUUUUGCAGAUCUUUUCUGUCCACCGACACCUUCUAACUCAUCACACUCUGACGGAGAGGAACUGGUAAGACUCGGUGCCACAGUUACUCCUUCUGUGAUAAACCUUUAAAAAACGCUAUUGGUUUUAAUAUUUUGAUGCUAUAUAGAAUAUGCCUCAAGCGUUGAUCAGAUUGAUUCCCGUAAAUCUCUUGGUAGGCCUCUAGGGGAGGGGGAGGGCAUAAUCGUUUUUAAGGCGCAUUUGACAGGGGCAAACGGCAAACUGCGGUUUGCGGUUAGCGAUUUCACGUUAUCCGUCUGCCCUAACCCCUGAUCGCAGGUUACGUCUGCCCAUAUUUGGGGCUUAAGAUUCGCGGGUGGUAGCUUGCGGUUGCCAUGUUUGCUUUUAUUCAUUCGUUCACUUCUAUUUUAGCUCAGAAAUCGUCUUCAAAAUUACGUUUCUAUGAAAAAUAGUUCAGUAAUUAAUUAGCGAAAGAGUUCUGAAAAGUACCGUUUUCUCUCAAAUGUGGGAUUGGGAUGUUUUAGAGUGCAAAAAACCCUGCGGUAAAUCACCUACCUUUAGAGCCUGGUCUAGCAGUAAAAACGUGAACCUGAAGAAAGGACGAGAAGGCUUGAUAAAGGGUAUACACUUAUUUGAAGCCGCAGUUAUAUACGCAACUUAUGCAGUUGCGAAAAGAAAGCCUGCCAGGCUUGUACGGGAUUCGAACCCUUGACCUCUGCGAUACCGGUGCAGCGUUCUACCAAUUAAGCUAACAAGCCAACUGGGAGCAGGUGGUUGAAUUGGUUCGUUAUAAACCCGUGAAAGGAUGAUGAUGGAAUUAUGAAUAUAUGAAAAUCAUAUAUGUGAACUGCGGAGUGAAGAAGUAUUUGAAGAAAGACCAUCGCAGUUAUAUACGCAAAUUAUGCAGUUUCGAAAAGAAAGGGUAUACACUGUAGCUAUCGAUCGUAACGGGGCGCAAACCCUUGCACCCCCCGUGCACCUGCAGUCGGUCAUAAUCACCUCUUCCAGAGACACCUCAACGCUUUAUAUUCUCUGAUUUAUGAGGCCAUUUUUCUUUUAAUUCUUUAGGUUUCAUUUUGCUGCUCGUUCUUGGGACACUGUCAGGAAGUCAAGUUUAAUAUCGGAGUAUAACAGACUCCUUUGCACUUAGUAUUUGUCCUAGCGGGAAAUUAAAGUCCAAAUGGAUUCACAAAAGACGUUAACCGGACUCCAGAAUGAAAAAACAUGUUCCGUGGUGAUUAGACUUGGACACUCCCAUAACUUAAAAAAUAGAGAAUUC